AUGAUCAAAGAAACAGCAAAGAAAUACGCUAACAUCUCACGGGAAGCUCUUGAAUUGUUUAUAUCGUACUGUGAAGAGUGCCAGAAGAAAAGAAGCGACCAGUUACAAAGGACCACCUCACCAAAUUUUGUGUCCUGCGUCCACUAUCGUCAAAACGUGCAGCAGAAGUGGCGCAUCAUCUCACGGACAUAUUUCUCUUGUUCGGACCUCCGUACAUAUUACAGUGAUAAUGGGUCAGAGAUCACAGCCAAAGUGAUCAGUGAGCUGAAAAUCAUCUGGCCCAAACUUGUCCUUGUUUAUGGAAAGCCUCGACAUCCACAGAGCCAAGGAUCCGUGGAAAGAGCAAAUGGUGACAUCAAAGACAUGCUGGUUGCAUGGAUGGGAGACAACAACACCACAGAUUGGAGCACUGGCAUCAAGUUUGUCCAGUUCCGGAAGAAUUCCAGCUUGCAUGCAGGUAUUCGCCUCACCCUAUGCAGCCAUGUUUGGAUGUGA